AUGUACUGGACAACUCAAACUCUUAUCAUCCACCCUCUGCUACGCUCCGCACCUAUCCCUUUGUCUCCACAUGAGUACAUUUUCGCCCUUAAAGCACUAAUGAUCCUCAUCAACCCUCUGUCCGCUCACCUCCUUCCCCUCUUCCGCGCCUACAAUGCCGCUCGCUCACAUCAACCGUCCCCUUUCCCAGCUACAUACCCCUUCUCUCUCGAUGAAGAGAUUCGCCACAUCGAGCUGAAGAUUAUGUACGCGCAUAUCGUCCUGCUAUUAGGAGAGAUCAGGGCUCAUUACGAAGACUUUUGCUAUUUGUACGGCGCGUAUGGAGUUGGGGAGGUGUGCGAGAUGGUGCGGGAGAUGGGUUGGGAAUGGGCAGAGUGGAAGGGUUUGGUCAGUGAAUGGGAUGAUCUGAGGUAUUUAGUAGAGGAUGAGGGGCUCGAGAGGUUUUACAGAGACGAGCGGGGAGAGAGAAAGAAGUCAGACGAAGCAUGA